UGUGCGCUGUCCGCGGUGCUGAAAGCUGCUCCGGCUGCACACACCGGAGAUCCACACCUCAGGUUGGACUGGAGUCCCGCUCACCUCCACCGCUCCAAGCUUAUCCCUCCAUCUCCUCAAGAAUACUACACAAAAGCCGCAACUUUUUUAUUUUGCGUCUUGCACGUUUUUCUAUCGCUGACUGGAUUUUAAAAUGGCACUGCACGGAUUAACAUUGCGCAAGCCAAAGCGGACUUAUUUGACUGCUGUUUUGUGACUGUUAAACCAGCCCUCUCCGACCGACUGAACGUGUUUCCCCUCUUUCUCCAUUUUCUGUCUCAUCUUUUCAAGACACCGAGGCGCUUUCUGCUCAAAAGAAGGGGGGUCGACAUUUGGAUUUUAAUCUUAACAAUGCUCUUUUAUGCUGCACUUCCAUUUAUUAUAGUAUCGUAGGAUUAUUUUAAAAAGAUCAUUUGGAUAUGGAGCCAGUCAAGGAGAAAGCUUUCCCUACUACCAAAGAGGGGUUUAAACAAAUCGCAGGAAAGGCCCUGGGGAGUAUAUACAGGAGGCUUGAAAAGCGGCAAACAGGUGAGGUGAUCGAGCUGACGGAGGAUGGGAGACCCAGGGAGGACCAGGAGCGGAGGAAGCCCCUGUGUGACUGCACAUGCUUCGGUCUUCCGCGCAGAUACAUCAUCGCCAUGCUGAGCGGGCUCGGCUUCUGCAUCUCCUUCGGUAUCCGCUGUAACUUGGGUGUGGCCAUCGUCAGCAUGGUCAAUAACAGCACAAUCCAUAGAAACGGCAAAAUCAUCGUCACAGAGAAAGCAAAAUUCAACUGGGGCCCAGAGACGGUGGGGAUGAUCCACGGCUCCUUCUUCUGGGGCUACAUAGUAACCCAGAUUCCGGGAGGGUAUAUCUCCUCAAGACUGGCUGCAAACAGAGUUUUCGGGGCUGCCAUCGUGCUGACAUCCAUAUUCAACAUGUUUAUUCCCACCGCUGCCCGUUCACACUACGGAUGUGUCAUCCUUGUGAGGAUAUUGCAAGGAUUGGUGGAGGGAGUGACUUACCCAGCUUGCCAUGGGAUCUGGAGUAAAUGGGCUCCGCCGCUGGAAAGGAGUCGUCUGGCAACGCUCUCCUUUUGUGGCUCGUACGCUGGGGCCGUGAUAGCGAUGCCUCUGGCUGGGAUCCUGGUGCAGUACACAGGAUGGUCUUCGGUCUUCUACGUGUAUGGAUCCUUUGGGAUAGUUUGGUACCUGUUCUGGGUUUUGGUGUCAUACGAGAGCCCAGCAGAGCAUCCGACCAUCACCGAGGAGGAGCGCCGUUACAUCGAGGAGAGCAUUGGUGAAAGUGCCCAGCUGAUGGGUGCCAUGGAAAAAUUCAAGACCCCCUGGAGGAAGUUCUUCUCCUCAAUGCCUGUCUAUGCAAUCAUCGUGGCCAAUUUCUGCAGGAGCUGGACCUUUUAUCUGCUUCUCAUCAGCCAGCCUGCGUACUUUGAGGAGGUUUUUGGCUUUGAGAUUAGCAAGGUUGGAGUCGUCUCGGCUCUCCCACACUUGGUCAUGACCAUCAUCGUGCCUUUAGGAGGCCAGCUGGCGGACUACCUGCGGAGCAACAACAUCAUGUCCACCACAAAUGUCCGCAAAAUCAUGAACUGUGGGGGGUUUGGCAUGGAGGCGACUCUUUUACUGGUGGUGGGUUACUCCCACAGCAAGGGCGUUGCCAUCUCUUUCCUGGUCCUGGCAGUGGGCUUUAGUGGUUUUGCAAUAUCAGGGUUCAACGUGAACCAUCUAGACAUCGCUCCUCGCUACGCCAGCAUCCUCAUGGGCAUCUCCAACGGCGUGGGCACCCUGUCAGGCAUGGUCUGCCCACUCAUAGUGGGAGCCAUGACAAAGAACAAGACCCGAGAGGAGUGGCAGUACGUGUUCCUCAUCGCCUCCCUCGUGCACUACGGAGGAGUGGUGUUUUACGGGCUCUUUGCGUCUGGGGAGAAGCAGCCGUGGGCCGACCCCGAGGAGACCAGCGAGGAGAAGUGUGGCUUCAUAGAAGAGGAUGAGCUGGCCGAGGAGACGGGCGACAUUACCCAGGGAUACGGCACCAUGGCAGGCCCGGCUAAGAGCUACGGCGCCACGGCACAGCUCAACGGAGGCUGGGUGCAGGACUGGGACAAGACGGAGGAAUACGUGCAGGAGCCAGCAGGAAAGAUGUACUCCUAAAUCACACACUUGCGGUGGGAUCUGUUUAAAAACAGACGCCAUCACAAAUUGCACAAAUAAGCAUUGUAUCACAUAUUUAAACCCAUCCUGUAUUUUCAAGUAACUUUAACUGAAUAUGUAAAGAAAUAGUUAUUUGCGAUGCAGAACAGUCCUAGAUACUCAUGUUCUCCAUCACAUCCACACACGUGGUGCUUCACGACGCACCCAGACCGCAGCUGCACAUGCAAACUGCAGACACACAAACCUUAUUGAUCUACUUGAACAACACUAGCCAAAUGGCGCUGCAGUUGACCAUCAUUUAGGGUUUUUCUCUUAAAUAUAACUCUGAUUGCACUGAAAAUAUAUUAAGUGUCUAAAAAACAAAAAAAACAAGAUUCUAUUCUGUUUCACCGACGUGUUUUAUUGUUCUGUAUAUACCUGUAUACUGUUUCUGUGAGACUAUUGUGGAUUUUGGGUCGUUGAUCUGUGUUAACAUUAAUAUAAAAGGCCAUAUUUUUCAUGGACAGUAACUCUUCAGGGAGAUGUCUGCUUGCAAAAAAGGUCUUGUUCUUCUCAAGUCAGGCCUACAAUAACAAUAUAAGACAAAAAUAGCGUGAGUGGAAUUGAAAUGUAGAGUUUUAGUGUGUUUGUUGCAUGAAUUUUGCUCCGAUCAAUGUUUCAGAUGCAGCCGCCUCUCAGUUCCUGAUAGUCCUCAUCCAGCAACCUGCUCUGGUCUGAGAUGACCGUCUUCUCCCACAAUGAAAAAUAAGGCACGUUUUCAUUAUCAGGCUCAGGUUGUGAUGUGAUACAGAUAAAAAAAAAAGGUUUGAAGGCUCAGAAGAUGAUGUUUAUUGAUGUUUGGUGUGCACUGCAAUAACUUCUGUGUACCAGCCGCCACCCAUCACACUUUGUUCUGUAACAAUAGCUUGCUAUAUCUGAAUGUACUUGUUUUGGAGUCAUGUGAUGAUCAACAUUAAGCUGUGUUUUUAACAAUUUCCUAGUGUUUAGUGCUUCUCAUACAGGAGAUAUUGUUGCAUUUUGACAACGAAGAAUGCAGUACUAUGUAUGAACAACUGAGCUGUGUGUGAACUCUUGGUGUUCCUUGGUCGUCGUCAUGGUUACCACCAGUACUUUACUGACCGAUAUUGAUAUUGUCACAUGUGAGUGGACCACAUGAAUAACUAGAUGGAUCUUCCACUUGGCUUCAUUUGCUAUUUAAACAGUUUUCUUCAUUUGUUCUCUCUGCAAGGAUGUUUAAAAUAUAUAAAUACUUAAGAAUGUUUUAAGAUGACCAAAAGAUGUAUGUAAACAGAUAAAUGUGAUUUUAUGGCUUCUGAUAUUGUGUUUAAUGAAGAGGUAUGUUGAUGUCAAAAAAAGUGUUAUAAAAAUAGUCAUAUCAUUUUAUAAAAAAAUAAGCAAAAAGUCACAUUUUUGUGGUUUUCAUGAUUUAUCAUGGUCCUGUCAGACAGUAUUGUAACCAGUUAACUUACUUCCUUGAGCAUCUCUUGCUGCGGUCAUGUUUCUCGAAAGUAAAUCGAUGUCCAAUGUGGGGGGGUUGUUGGGGGAGGGCUGGAGUCUGCAGCCCGACAGGAACAGUAACACCACUAAAGUUUACUCCCCUGCAAGCUUCUGUCAGCUUACACACUUUUUAAAAAAUGCCAGACUAUUACACUCAUUUCUAAAAAAGUUUGUUUUUUUUAAAGAAAAGACAAAAAAGCCUAUUAUAGCCUUUUGUUUCUGCUAGUCUUUUUUCUUCACCCAGUGGUAGAGAUAUUUUGGCUUAAAACAAAACACUUUUACUCGAUCUAUGGAAUAUUAGGCUGAUGUCUGAAGGGGCUGCUUUUGUGGCGAACCAACAUAAAGAAACACUCUGGGAAUGUGAGGACGAUGCUGGAAAUGCUCCGUCUUGCUUCCCUGCACAUGAGAGGUUAACACUAAGCGUUGCAUGUAACACAUUCAGCUAUUGAUCCACCUCCUUCAUCAAGUCGAAUUAACAAACAAAUCAAUACUCCUUACCUCCAGAAUACAUUACCAUUUCAAAGCAUGCAGUAAAUCCUCCUAUUAAAAGUUCAGUUGAAAUGCAUUACUGUACUUUUAAUUUGUAUUGUUCAGUGUUUGCUGUGAGAACCAUGAACCAGUAGGCAGACCUUCAGAGAGGCAGGUCACCACACUGUGUGCAAAGAUCAUGUACAUUAAUUUGUGUUUGUGCGGCAAUGUCACAGACAUCAAUAUUUUAAAUAUUGUAAUGAAAGGUGCUGACAAUAAAGGUGGUCGUGAUGCAAACUUAAA